AUGCUCUGUCAUAGGCUGGUGGAUAUUCUUCCUAAUCUGAUAAACCAGAACCAAGGGGCUAUUAUAAAUGAUAGGUCUCUUGCUCAUAAUGUUCUUAUUCUCCAAGAUCUCAUUAAGGGAUAUAAAAGGAAACAUAGUUCAUCCCGUUGUCUGAUGAAGAUUGAUUUGAGCAAAGCCUAUGACUCCGUAGAUUGGGAUUUCUUGGAGAAUUUGCUGAAAGCAUUAAGGUUUCCUGGUCGUUUUAUCAGAUGGGUCAUGAUCUGUAUGAGAGGUUCUUCCUACUAUCUAAUGAUGAAUGGGCGGCUUCAAGAUAGUUUUCAAGGUGGUAAAGGUCUUCACCAAGGUGACCCCAUUUCACCUUUACUAUUUGUAAUAGUUAUGGAGUACCUUACCAGAUCUCUUUUUCAAGCUGCUAAGGAUAAAGGAAUGGUUAUCAAUAAAAAUAAAUCUAGAAUUUACUUUGGUGGUGUUUCGGACCCAGAUAAAAGUAUUCUGCUGAAUCUCUCUCAGCUGGCUGAAGGGGAGUUUCCUUUGACUUAUCUUGACAGGAAAAGCUCUAGGGACUGGGUCACUGUAGCUGCUCUUGCUGCUUCAGCAAUAAUCUCAUUAUCAUCAAUGGAAUAUUGGUGGUUUGGUUCUAUGGUGGUGGUGCUGGUAAUCUUAUCAGCCAUGCAACUAGUUUCUUCUGAAGAAAAUGGCCAGAACUGUGACUUUUUUGAAGGGAGUUGGGUAUUGGAUAACUCAUCAUCUUCUCCUCUUUAUGAUGAAAAUAGCUGCCCCUUCAUUGGUUUCAAUUGCCUCAAAAAUGGUAGACCUGAUAAGGACUACCUCAAAUAUAUAUGGAAACCCAAGGAUUGUUAUCUACCAAGGUUUGAUGGUCGAGAUAUGUUGGAGAGAAACAGAGGGAAAAAAAUAAUGUUUGUUGGGGACUCACUCAGUAACAAUAUGUGGCAGUCACUCACAUGCAUGCUUUACACCGCAGUCCCAAAUUCUAAGUACAACUUAACUCAGUCUGGUUGGCUUCACACAUUUUCAUUUCCGGAAUACGAUGUGUCAAUUAUGUUUCAAAAAAAUGGGUUUCUGGUAGAUUUGGUUCAAGAAAAAAUAGGGACAGUGCUAAAGCUGGAUUCCAUCAGCUACGGCAAAGAAUGGAAGAAAGUAGACACGGUCAUCUUCAACACUUAUCACUGGUGGACUCAUACUGGUCGCACUAAAACAUGGGAUUAUUUUCAAGUGGGAGAUAAGAUAGUGAAAGAAAUGAAUCGUUUAUUGGCUUUCAAAAUAGCUUUAACAACAUGGGCUAAAUGGGUCGAUACUAAUAUUGACACUUCAAGGACUAGAGUGUUUUUCCAAGGAGUUUCAGCUGUUCAUAUCAAUGGCUCGGAAUGGGGUGAUCCAAAGGCAAGGAAUUGCCAAGGGCAAACCCAACCUGUCAAGGGUUCCGAGUAUCCAGGCCCUACCCACCCAGGUGAAGUCAUUGUAAAGAAUGUAACAAGUUCCCUUGGAAAGAAGGUCUAUUUGCUGGACAUUACAUUGCUCACACAGCUGAGAAAAGAUGGUCAUCCUUCCCUCUAUGGUACCAUAAACAAGACCUCAGUGGACUGCAGCCACUGGUGUCUACCUGGUGUUCCUGAUGUUUGGAAUGAAAUCUUGUAUGCAGUUUUGCUCAGCAGUUAGAAUUGAACUCAUAAUUAGGCAGUGAAACAGUUGUCUUUUGUUCAAAUGCCAAUAAAGCAAAAACUUAAACCUGGUCUUGGUCUUGGUCCUGGUCUUGGUUGGAAUGAGAUCAUUAACACCUGCAAGGCAAGCACCGAAGAACAAAUCUUCACAUGUUUGAGUCUAGAUCAUGAUUAGUCAAUGAUAAAAAAAUGUUGGAGCUAGAU